AAAUAACCACAGUAUCCAGUAAAGGUGUGUUGUCACAAACUGGAACUCAUGAGUAAGGCGAACCUGUGGCUAGAACAAACAACAAACUACAUCAGAGUCUACAUACAACCUUCAGCCCACCAUUACGUCCCAGCUGAAGCAGAGCCAGUGGAAAUGGAAAGCAUGCAGGAGUUUAUCCCCUUCGCCAAAGAGAUGCUGAGUCAGAAACCUAGCCGUGGUUUACUGAAGGUCUACCUGCUGGGCUCGGUGUUUGCAGUGCUGGGGACAGUUAUUGGCCUGGUCGAGACCGUGUGUCACCCUUUCUCCUCUGCUGAGCCGAUGGACACAGAGAUGGUCCUCAUGUUGGCCCGGGAACAGAGAUCUGUUGAGGCCGAGAUACAGCACAGUGUGGGGGGGCUGGAGAAGGAGGAGCUGGCUCAUGAAAAUUGGGCCACAAGCCAGAGCACUACCCCCUACAAGACUCACACACUCAGCCAACGGAGCAUGGCCAACCGGCUACACGCUUCCUAAAGCCAAAAGGGUCAACCCCAAGUGACUUGACAUAUUUAUUAGGGAACUUCUCCUGCCCCACCAAUGAGCUGUGCAACACCUACAUAUUCUUAAGCUUUAUAGACAGAAGUGUUUGAGCUGCCUGCCAUUCUGUGCUGCCUACUAAUGAUGCCUUCAAGUGCUGUUGGAAAUGACAGACACCCCCAAAGGUCCCAGUGGCAGCUUACAAGGACCUACGGUCACGAGAGCAUGGAAAUCAUGUCAGUAAUACAUUCUAUGAUAUAAGUGAAUUGACAUUAAUUCAUUUAGAGCAAUGCUUUUGUGGUUCCCUGAGAUCCUCCAAUUAGUUCCCCUGGGUUCCCAGCAAACGUAGGAUUUGUUAAAUGUCACAAUAAUGUAUAUUUACUUGAAAAACAGUCCUGUUGGAAAAUGGAUAAAUGCAAAUCAUAGACAGUUGUGUGCAUUUGUGCACUACAUUUAAGAAGUAAAACUGAAAAAUGUCUCCCAUAUUCAUCCCUGGAGUAAUCCCUCCUUACCAAACAGUAGUCUGUAGGUUAAUAUGAAUUUAGUCAGGGUUACAAGAUAUGAAACCCCUGAAUGAUAAGUAAAACGCCCAUUAUGUGUGCUCCAUAGACUUUUUUUUCUAGAUUUUUUUUUUGGCAUUUUCACCUUUAUUGGACAGUAUUUGACAGUGACAGAUGGACAGCAACAAAGGUCACCAGCCGUAAUCAAACCGACGGUUCUAACUACUUGGCUUCUAAGGUCCUCCGUGUAACCUCUUUUUUUUUUCAUUCUGCUGCUGUAACACAAAGUUUGCUUUCUAAAAGAAAAAGGACAACAGCAGACAGACAAAACUACUUUCUACAGGGUCCAUUUUGUUCAGUACCUGAAGGCAGCAUGGUGUUGAGAGUCUGCCUGGCUGUGGUAAACUGUUGUGUAGCGCCGCCUGUUGGCUGGUGGAUGUAUCUGAUCCACCCACAUACUGUGUUCACUGAGAGGGACGUUUGUUGUAAAUAUUAUGCUAUAUGCAAACACUGUAAAUAUACAAUCUUAUUUCACACCAAUAAAGUGAAUUUUAUUUAUUAA